ACGGACUUUGUAUCUCACAGUCGCCACGACCACCAUCUUGAAGGCAAAGGCACCCUCGAAUUCUGCCGUCGAGCGCGUAUCACGCGUAGAAAGGCACACGGCUAUCCUUCAUCUCAUGAUUACACGUACUUGAACGCGCGAUGACAGACUUGACUUUUUGUUAUCUGCACAUGACCGAAUAUGAACUGAGGGUCCUCGAUACAAUAGAGUCCAAAGAGUACAUUUCGACUGAUCUCUUGGAGCUCGAGAGUCGUGAAGUUGAUAUUCCGGAUCAUAUGCUCCCUCCAAAUCCCGAUGAACAUGAUAAACUCCCGUCGCAUACCCAUCCGUCCUAUCCAUACGGAAACCCUACGAGACUCAAUCAUCCUGCUGCCCAACAAAGAGUCAUACACGAUGCCACGGCACGCUCCGUUCUCCUUGGCAUGAGCUCUGCUGGUGGAGGACUAGAUGCGUUGAAGUGGAAAGAGCUGGCGCUGUCUGAAUUGCUGCCACUAGGAAAAUGGCGAAGCGGAGCCUCAGCUAACAAUCCACCACCUCAAUACGAACAAACUCCAAUGAUAAUCGCUGCUGGUCCUCCAGAGGAGGAGGAGGACGAAGAUGAGGAGGAUGAGGAGGAAGAAGAAGACGAGGACGAGGAAGAAGAAGACGAGGAAGACGAGGAGGAAUGAGGAAGAAAGUGACGAGGACGAAGAAUAAUCAUCAU